AUGGCGCCAAAGGGGGGAAACUCGAAGAAGGAGGCAGGGCGGGCCAAGAAAGCAGACAACGAGGUCAAGAAAGCCACAGCAGCAGAUGCAGAAAGGGAGCGCAAGGAGGCAGACCAGUGGGCCCAGGGAUCGAAGUCCAACAAGGCCAAGGACGACAAGGAAGAGAAACGCAAGGCCGAACUGGCGCGCAAAGCCGAGCUCGCCCGCUUGCUCGCAGAAGAAGAGGCCUCCGCGCCCUCCAAGGUCAAGGCUGCGCCCAAGGCUGGAACGAAGAAGGCCGUUGCUGCGAAGAAGGACGUCAAACCUGCGGGGCCGGGCGCGAUUGCUGCUGGCGGUGGCCUCGAAGCCGUGUCCGACGAUGCGCCGAAGGAGCUGGAGUCAUACACAGCGACCGGCAUCGACAACGCACUGGAUCUGCUGGAAGUCGUGACCGCGAAGAUGGACAAGGCGAGCGUGGGCUCGCGGGCGGCGGAUAUCGAGAGGCAUCCAGAAAGGCGAUUUAAGGCCGCAUUUGAGGCGUACAAGGAGAGGGAGCUUCCCAACGCUCGUGCGGAUCAUCCCGGGUUGCGUCUGCAACAAUACCACGACUUGUUGUACAAGCAGUUCCAGAAGUCACCUGAGAACCCCUUCAACCAGACGACAGUGUCGUAUGAUGCCUCAAAGGAAGAGCGGGUUGAGGCGCUGUCAAAGAAGGCCGCAGGGAUCUCCGACAGGCUGAAGGAGAAGUAG